UUGUUUCAGCGUUAAACAAUUUUGAUUAGUGAAUUCUUUAGCUUUCAAGCCUCUGCGAGUUCCAGAUACCAUUUGUUGUUUAAUGCUUAGAAAAUGCCUUUCCUUGGAUUGUGAUAAGCAGAAGUCUCUCUUUGUUGUCUCGCAAAUUUCACAACCCAGUACCAAGAGAGCUUUACGGAAAUCUUUUCGGGGAAUUGAUAAGUUCGUAAGCUGAUCUAUGGAUGUUUGACUGUAUUUUGUAAUCAUUUAUAUGAGAGAAUGAAGAGUGAACGAUCAAAAGGCAUUUGCGGAUUUAUUUUUGCGGAGGCCUCCUUAGUUCCACUUUGAAAUGAAUACGAAUCAGUCCAAUAUUUAAAGCGACUAUGUGGAUCUGUAAACUAGUAAUAUUUUCUCUGCUCUCCGGCUUCGUAGCAGCUCAGGUUUGUGUGGUUCAGAGCACGAGGAAUAUCAACGGAAUUAAAACGAGUACAAAUGUUACGCAAUGCUGUCGAGGAUACAGAAAAUUAGGCACCACUAGACUCCAGUGCCAGCCAGUUUGUAAGGUAGCCUGUUCAAAUGGCAGAUGCUCGAGACCAAAUGAGUGUACCUGCCACGUAGGCUUUGUCAACUUAAACCGUAUUAAAUCUAAUCGUUGUGUACCCUCUUGCAAGGGCUGCAAUAAUGGACAAUGCGUAGCGCCAAACCGCUGUGCUUGCAACAGCGGCUACCUGCUUGAUCAGAAGACCGGCAAUUGUGUGCCCCAAUGUUCCAGUGGUUGCCCCAAUGGCUUUUGCAGUUCACCCAACAAGUGCAGCUGCAACAAAGGAUACGCGAUGAAUGUCCCCAGCCGCACGUGUCUGCCCACUUGUACGGAUAACUGCAAGAGGUUCAACGGAUUCUGUGCUUCGCCAAAUCGAUGUGUCUGCAAUCCAGGCUAUGUUCAAAACCCAAACUCAAAGACUUUCGCCUGCCAGCCCGUUUGUAAAAAUGGGUGCAAAAACGGAGUUUGCCGAGCUCCCGAUGUCUGUGAGUGCAAUAAAUUCUUUCGAAAAGAUGCCGAUAAGAACUGUGCUCCCAUCUGCGAGGGCGGAUGCGUGAACGGAAUGUGUACAAAACCGGACGUCUGUGAAUGUCUGCCGGGAUAUACAAAAAUCGGCAAAAAUGUCUGUAAGGCCGUUUGUCCAUCGGGCUGCAAGAACGGAAACUGCGUUGCGCCGGAUGUGUGUUCCUGCAACUCAGGAUAUAUCAAGCGGGAAGGUGCCUGCUCACCUGUUUGCGAUGAUGGAUGUGAGAACGGACUCUGCACGGCGCCCGGUGAGUGUUCCUGCAAUAAAGGAUAUGCCAAGUCAGGGAAAAAGUGUGACCCAGUUUGCACAGGAGGAUGCAGAAAUGGAUUUUGUGCCUCGCCGGGAAACUGUUCCUGCAAUUAUGGAUUCACUAAGAAAACGAAUAAUAGUUGCGUACCAGUUUGCAAAAACGGAUGUGAGAACGGAUUCUGUGUUUCACCGGAGAAGUGCUCCUGUAAUCAAGGAUACGAGAUGGAUAAGGGGAACAAAUGUAUUCCAGUUUGCAAAGGUGGAUGUGAGAACGGAUUUUGUGUUUCACCUGACAAGUGUUCCUGCCAAGAGGGAUACGAGAUGAAAAAUGGGAACAAGUGUAGCCCGCUUUGCAAAGGAGGGUGUGAUAACGGAGUCUGUGAUUCACCGGAUAAGUGCUCCUGUAAUCAGGGAUACGAGAUGGAUAAAGGGAACAAAUGUAUUCCAGUUUGCAAUGGAGGAUGUGAGAACGGAUUCUGUGUUUCACCUGACAAGUGUUCUUGCAAGGAGGGAUACGAGAUGAAAAAUGUUAAGAAGUGUAGUCCGAUUUGCAAAGGAGGGUGUGAUAACGGAGUCUGUGUUUCACCGGAUAAGUGCUCCUGUAAUCAAGGAUACGAGAUGGAUAAAGGGAACAAAUGUAUUCCAGUUUGCAAUGGAGGAUGUGAGAACGGAUUUUGUGUUUCACCUGAUAAGUGUUCCUGCAAAGAGGGAUACGAGAUGAAGAAUGGGAACAAGUGUACUCCGGUUUGCAAAGAAGGAUGUGCUAACGGAGUCUGUGUUUCGCCGGGGAUGUGUUCCUGUAAUCACGGAUAUGAGAUGGAUAAAGAGAACAAAUGUAUUCCAGUUUGCAAUGGAGGAUGUGAGAACGGAUUUUGUGUUUCACCUGAUAAGUGCUCCUGUAAUCAAGGAUACGAGAUGGAUAAAGGGAACAAAUGUAUUCCAGUUUGCAAUGGAGGAUGUGAGAACGGAUUUUGUGUUUCACCUGAUAAGUGUUCCUGCAAAGAGGGAUACGAGAUGAAGAAUGGGAACAAGUGUACUCCGGUUUGCAAAGAAGGAUGUGCUAACGGAGUCUGUGUUUCGCCGGGGAUGUGUUCCUGUAAUCACGGAUAUGAGAUGGAUAAAGAGAACAAAUGUAUUCCAGUUUGCAAUGGAGGAUGUGAGAACGGAUUUUGUGUUUCACCUGAUAAGUGUUCCUGCAAAGAGGGAUACGAGAUGAAGAAUGGGAACAAGUGUACUCCGGUUUGCAAAGAAGGAUGUGCUAACGGAGUCUGUGUUUCGCCGGGGAUGUGUUCCUGUAAUCACGGAUAUGAGAUGGAUAAAGAGAACAAAUGUAUUCCAGUUUGCAAUGGAGGAUGUGAGAACGGAUUUUGUGUUUCACCUGAUAAGUGUUCCUGCAAUGAGGGAUACGAGAUGAAAAAUGGCAACAAGUGUAGUCCGGUUUGCAAAGGGGGUUGUGAUAACGGAGUCUGUGUUUCACCAGAGAAGUGUUCCUGUAAUCAAGGAUACCAGAUGGAUAAAGAGAACAACUGUAUUCCAGUUUGCAACGAUGGAUGUGAGAACGGAUUUUGUGUUUCACCUGAUAAAUGUUCCUGCUCUCAAGGAUAUGAGAUGAAGAAUGGGAACAAGUGUACUCCGGUUUGCAAAGAAGGAUGUGCUAACGGAGUCUGUGUUUCGCCGGGGAUGUGUUCCUGUAAUCACGGAUAUGAGAUGGAUAAAGAGAACAAAUGUAUUCCAGUUUGCAAUGGAGGAUGUGAGAACGGAUUUUGUGUUUCACCUAAUAAGUGUUCCUGCAAAGAGGGAUACGAGAUAAAAAAUGGCAACAAGUGUAAUCCGGUUUGCAAAGGGGGUUGUGAUAACGGAGUCUGUGUUUCACCAGAGAAGUGUUCCUGUAAUCAAGGAUACCAGAUGGAUAAAGAGAACAACUGUAUUCCAGUUUGCAACGAUGGAUGUGAGAACGGAUUUUGUGUUUCACCUGAUAAAUGUUCCUGCUUUCAAGGAUAUGAGAUGAAGAAUGAGAACAAGUGUACUCCGGUUUGCAAAGAAGGAUGUGAUAACGGAGUCUGUGUUUCGCCGGGGAUGUGUGUUUGCAAGUGCGACGACGGCUUUGUAUUCGCUGCGCAAACGGGAAGCUGUCUGCCUGAAAAGCAACUGUUUCGCGACAUGGAUUGCAAUCAGUCCUGCCAGAAUGGAACAUGCCUGGACGGAAUAUGUACGUGUCAGGAUAACUAUAAGCUGCACAGAGAUAAGGUCGACAAUCAGAGGCUAUCCUGUCUUCCAAUUUGUGAGCCCGAGUGCAUCAACGGAUACUGCGAGGCCCCAGGGACAUGUGCUUGUUUUGAUGGGGAAAGCCCAUACGAUGGUUUCUUUUGCCCAUCUUUGGAUUCGUCUGAAGCACUAGAAUCUUACAAACACAGGAGGGAAAAUGUUAAGCAACUUAAGAGGAUUUUUAUUAUCACUGGAGUGAUAGCUGCCAUUUUAGCGGCGGUGAUCGCUAUGCUGAUGAUACGUAUCUAUAAAAAACGCUCCUAUCUAGUGGACGAGAACGAAAGGAAAUUUGGCGUACGCUUUUCUGCGAACAAUGUGGACAUAAUUCGAGCCUGAUAUUUUACUACAAACUAGAAAUAUUCUCAUUAUUUAAUAAAUCUAAGAACAUAA